UGGGGAGAAACCAUAUAAAUGCAUGCAAUGUGGACAGAGCUUCACUCACAGCCGUAGCCUCAGUUCCCAUCAAAGAACUCACUCAGGGGAGAAACCAUAUAAAUGCAUAGAAUGUGGAAAGAACUUCAGGCACAGCUGUAGCCUCAGUUCCCAUCAAAGAAUUCACACAGGGGAGAAACCAUAUAAAUGCAUAGAAUGUGGAUUGAAUUUCAGGUUUAAUAGUAGCUUAAGUUUACAUAAAAAAACUCACACUGGGGAGAAACCAUAUAAAUGCAUGGAAUGUGGAAAGAGCUUCAGACAGAAAGUUAACCUGAGUUCCCAUCAAAGAACUCACACUGGAGAGAAACCAUAUAAAUGCUUGGAAUGUGGAAGGAACUUCAGUUUGAGAGUUCACCUGAGUUCUCAUCAAAGGACUCACACUGGAGAGAAACCAUAUAAAUGCAUGGAAUGUGGAAAGAACUUCAGUCAGAAAGUUCACCUGAGUUCCCAUCAAAGAACUCAUACUGGAGAAAAACCAUAUAAAUGCAUGGAAUGUGAACUGACAUUCUGUCAGAGGAGCACCCUGAAUUCACAUCAAAGAACUCAUACAGGGGAGAAACCAUAUAAAUGCAUGGAAUGUGGAAAGAGCUUCAGUCAGAGCGGUGCCCUGAGUUCCCAUCAAAGAACUCACACUGGAGAGAAACCAUAUAAAUGCAUGGAAUGUGGGAAGUGCUUCAGUCAGAGCAAUGACCUGCGUUCACAUCAAAGAACU